AUGGCGGGCGGCGCGGGCUGGGCGGGCGCCCCCGCGGCUCUGCUGCGCUCCGUGCGCCGCCUGCGCGAGGUGUUCGAGGUGUGCGGCCGCGACCCCGACGGCUUCCUGCGCGUGGAGCGCGUCGCGGCGCUGGGGCUGCGCUUCGGCCAGGGCGAGGAGGUGGAAAAACUUGUCAAAUAUUUGGAUCCCAACGACCUCGGGAGAAUCAACUUCAAGGACUUUUGCCGAGGGGUGUUCGCCAUGAAAGGGUGCGAGGAGCUGCUGAAAGAUGUGCUGUCCGUGGAGAGCGCAGGGACGCUGCCCUGCACGCCCGAGAUCCCAGACUGUGCGGAGCAGGGCAGCGAGGUGCCAGGCCCUACCUUUGCUGAUGGCGAGCUCCUCCCCAGGGACCCCAGCUUCUUUCCCGAGGACGAGGAGGAGGCUAUGACGCUGGCCCCACCUGAGGGCCCCCCGGAGUCAGACAUGGACAGCCCCAUGGAGAGCAUGCAGAGCCUGGAGGGGUCAGUUGGGAGUCCUGCCGAGGAGAAGGACGGAGGGCUCGGGGGCCUGUUCCUGCCGGAGGACAAGUCCCUGGGCCAUGCACCAUCCAUGACCACAUCGGACCUCUCCACACACUCCACCACCUCGCUUAUCAGCAAUGAGGAGCAGUUUGAAGACUAUGGAGAGGGGGACGACGUGGACUGUGCCCCCAGCAGCCCCUGCCCCGAUGACGAGACCAGGACCAACGUUUACUCGGACCUGGGAUCUUCAGUGUCUUCCAGUGCGGGGCAGACACCCAGGAAAAUGCGGCACGCCUACAACAGCGAAUUGCUGGAUGUUUACUGCUCUCAGUGCUGUAAGAAGAUCAACCUGCUGAAUGACCUGGAAGCCCGACUGAAAAACCUGAAGGCCAACAGCCCUAACCGGAAGAUCUCUAGCACGGCCUUUGGACGGCAGCUCAUGCACAGCAGCAACUUCAGUAGCAGUGAUGGUAGCACUGAGGACCUGUUCCGAGACAGCAUUGACUCCUGUGACAACGACAUCACGGAGAAGGUGAGCUUCCUGGAAAAAAAAGUGACAGAGCUGGAGAAUGACAGCCUGACCAAUGGGGACCUGAAGAGCAAGCUGAAGCAGGAGAACACACAGCUCGUGCACAGGGUGCACGAGCUGGAGGAGAUGGUGAAAGAUCAGGAGACCAUGGCCGAGCAGGCCCUGGAGGAGGAGGCGCGGCGGCACCGCGAGGCCUACGGCAAGCUGGAGAGAGAGAAGAGCACGGAGAUCGAGCUGCUCAACACCAGGGUGCAGCAGUUAGAGGAGGAAAACACCGAGCUCAGAACAACAGUGACCCGGCUCAAGUCACAAACAGAGAAGCUGGAUGAGGAGCGGCAGCGCAUGUGUGACCGGCUGGAGGACACCAGCCUGCGGCUCAAAGAUGAGACGGACCUGUACAAGCGCGUGACGGACAAGCUGCGGCAGAACCGCCUUGAGUUCCAAAAGGAACGGGAGGCGACGCAGGAGCUCAUCGAGGACUUGCGGAAGGAGCUAGAGCACCUGCAGAUGUACAAGCUGGACUGCGAGCGGCCAGGCCGGGGACGCAGCUCGUCCUCUGGCCUGGGCGAGUUCAACGCCAGGGCCCGCGAGGUGGAGCUGGAGCAUGAGGUCAAGCGGCUCAAGCAGGAGAAUCAUAAGCUGCGGGACCAGAAUGACGACUUGAAUGGACAGAUCUUGAGCCUCAGCCUCUAUGAAGCAAAGAACCUCUUUGCCACCCAGACCAAAGCCCAGUCUCUGGCCGCAGAAAUAGACACGGCCUCUCGCGAUGAGCUCAUGGAAGCCCUGAAGGAGCAGGAGGAGAUCAACUUCCGGCUGAGGCAGUACAUGGACAAGAUUAUCCUUGCCAUCCUGGACCACAACCCCUCCAUCCUUGAGAUCAAACACUGAGACGAGGGCUGGCUGCAGAGCGGCCUCGGGACCUUCCCAGCCCUGGACCCUGGGACCAAGGCGCAGACCCCACUUGAGGAUGCGGCCCAAGCCAGGCCACACACACACAGACACACACACACACACACACACACACACACACACACACACACACACACUGUAAACAUCUCUGGCCACCAUGUCCUGUGUACUGAUGCGUAUGUGGGGAAGCCGCUCACACAGCAAGGGGUGAGCGUGGGGCUGUGAGUGUCAUCUGCACAGUUACUGCCCGUGCACUUUGCAGUCCCCUUGCAAGAGCGGAUGGUCCUGGAGGGUGGGAGGGGCAAGGUCUGCUAUCAGGAGUUACUGUAAUAACAAGAACUGGAAGACUGUGUUUCAGGUACUGGAUGAAAAUGAUUCUACCUCUGGGGAUAAGGAUUUAAAGAUGCUUAGUGA